AUGGACUACGAUCCGAUGGUGAUGGACGCGGAGGCCAUGGGGCCCUCCGUAAAGAUCACAGAGGCAGGAGCACAGCAUGUCGAUUUCGAAUUACAGAAUGUCGACCUCGCCUUCGCAAACUCUCUGCGCCGAGUCGUGCUCGCCGAGGUGCCUACCAUGGCCGUCGACCUGGUCGAGGUGGAAGCCAACACCUCAGUCCUGGCAGAUGAGUUCAUCGCCCAUCGUCUGGGUCUCAUCCCCUUGAAUUCGAAGAAUGUCGAUGAUGUGUCGUACUCGCGGGACUGCGAUAACUGCGAUAACUACUGCGAUCAGUGCAGUGUGACGCUUACCCUCCACGCUCGGUGCACUGGUGAUGAAAUCAUGAAGGUCUAUGCGAGAGAUUUGGUGGUGGAUCAAGGACGUCCAAAUCAAUGGGUGGGGAAUCCUGUGAUUACGGACGUAGAUGGAUUGGGCACGAUUAUCUGCAAAUUGCGAAAGGAUCAAGAACUGCGGAUGAAGUGCAUUGCGAAGAAGGGCAUUGCGAAGGAGCACGCUAAAUGGGCACCUGUCGCCGCAGUUGGCUUCGAGUACGAUCCUCACAAUAAGCUAAAGCACACGGAUCUUUGGUACGAGACGGAUGCGGAGAAGGAAUGGCCAAAGAGCAAGUAUGCCGAGUGGGAAGAGCCGCCCCAGGAAGGAGAGCCCUUCGAUUACGACGCCGCUCCCGACAGAUUCUACUUCGAGCUGGAAACCGUCGGAAAUCUAGAUCCGGACGCGGUCGUCCAGCAGGGCAUUAAAGUCCUCCAACAGAAGCUAGCGGCUGUGAUUCAGGAUCUGACAGAGGGCGAAGGCGGCGCCAACGGUGAUGCCUAUGGCGGUGCACCUCGCAGCCCGGAUGUUGGCAUGAAUGGUGGGAACUGGCAGGAUCAGGGCUAUACUACGCCUUUCGGUAGUGGAAAUGCCAGCGCAUGGGGAGGCGGAGCCACGACGCCUUUUGGAGCAACGCCAUAUGGGCAAAACGGCUCUGGAUGGAGCUGA